UAUUUUGCUCUGAAGUAUGGCUGUCAAGCCGCAUUUAAACAGAAAAGCAGCAGAGAUGCAUCAAAACCAGACCUUCCUAACUUAAUUCAGAAACAAGCCAUUGAUGUAGUGACUGAUAUUAACAUGCUCAGAGUAUUCAAGAGUUUUCUUGAGACCACACCACAGCUUUUAGUCCAGAUUUACAUCCUCCUGCAACACGGCAAAAAUAAUUUUUGUCAAUAUGCUGCCAUUUUUGUGUCUUUUUGUGGUAUCUCCUUUUCGAUGGUUGAUUAUCAGAUAUCAUUACGAAAAUCUCUACUUGGUAAAGAUGAACUUCAUGGGCUUCCCAAGUUAGUGUAUCUCUUCUAUAAACUGCUUACCAUCACUUCUUGGAUACUCAUUAUUUCACUGAUCACUCUACUAAGUGUUAGAAGUUCUGUAAUACUGCUGACAUUUCUUUGGAUCUGUGGCUUCACCUGGACUUUGACACAACAUACAACAUUUUGCAAAUCUAAGAAGAUGGAAUAUCUGUACAGAAUUGUUGUUGGAAUCAUUCUAGUUUUUAGCUUUUUUAACAUAAAGGGGAGAAAAACAAAAGUUUGCACUUCUAUUUAUUAUACUACUCAGACUGUUGUAACUCUAGGUAUUUUAUUUGCAUACACGGUCUGGAAACCUCCAAUUAUCAAAGAAAUACAUUUUACAGUUGUGAGCAUCCUAACUAUUUUUAGUCUGGUUUUGGGUAUUAUUUUUCUUGUUGUUUAUUACAUGUGCUUUCAUCCCACUGCUUAUUGCAGACCACAAGCGUAUUCAGAUGAAGUUGACGGAGAGGCAGGACAAAACAGUAGAGUGAAAACUGAUAGAUUUCAAAAUUUCAUAAUGCAGUGA